UCACGAUCCGCUUGCACACCCUCAACUCCCACGAAUGACCAGAAACCGGAUAUACAGAAAGUCUCGCAACAAUCGCGGAGAUCCGCCGUGCAUAGUUCCCGCUGACUUAUCUUGCUUUGGACUCGGCCUGACCACCUCCUAGCAAUAUGGGUAUUAAGCAACUCUUCAGCAUCAUCAAGGAGAAUGCUCCGGAUGCGGUCAAAUCGGGAGAAAUCAAGAACCACUUUGGCCGCAAAGUCGCCAUUGAUGCAUCCAUGAGCAUAUAUUCGUUCCUGAUCGCGGUCAGGUCAAAUGGCGAGGUUCUGACGAACGAGGACGGGCAGACGACGUCGCACCUAAUGGGCAUGUUUUACCGCACGCUCCGCAUGGUCGACAACGGUAUCAAGCCGCUCUACGUCUUCGACGGCGCCCCGCCAAAGCUCAAGUCGGGAGAGCUCGCACGGCGAUACCAGCGCAAGCAGGAGGCGCUCGAGGGCCUCGAGGAGGCGCGCGAGACGGGCACGGCCGAGGAAGUCGAGAAGUUCUCGCGCCGCACCGUCCACGUCACCCGCGAGCACAACGAGGAGUGCCGGCGCCUCCUCAAGCUCAUGGGCAUCCCCUACAUCGUCGCGCCCACCGAGGCCGAGGCCCAAUGCGCCGCCCUCGCCCGCGCCGGCAAGGUGUUUGCUGCCGCCAGCGAGGACAUGGACACGCUGUGCUUUGACUCGCCCGUCCUUCUGCGCCACCUGACAUUUUCGGAGCAGCGCAAGGAGCCCAUCCUGGAGAUCCACGUCGACAAGGUGCUCGAGGGCCUGAACAUGGAGCGGAAACAGUUUGUCGACCUAUGUAUUCUCCUCGGCUGCGACUACCUCGACCCGAUUCCCAAAGUUGGACCGACUACGGCUCUGAAGCUGAUCCGCGAGCACGGUUCACUGGAGACGAUUGUGGAAAAGAUGAAGAAGGGUGACCUCAAGUACACGGUGCCAGACGACUGGCCAUUUGAGGAUGCCAGGGACCUCUUCUUCAACCCGGACGUUCGGCCGGCUGACCACCCGGAUUGCGACUUCAAGUGGGAGAAGCCCGAUAUCGAUGGCCUGAUCAAUUUCCUGGUGACGGAGAAGGGCUUUUCCGAGGACCGGGUCCGUUCAGGUGCCGCGCGCCUCGAGAAGAAUCUCAAGACGUCACAACAGCAGCGGCUCGAGGGCUUCUUCAAGCCCGUCGCGCGUACAGAGGAGCAGCAAAAGGAGCACAAGCGCAAGCUCGAAGUCAAGGCAGAGGAGACGAAGAAGAGGAUCAAGGCCGAGAAGAAGGAGAAAGCAAAGGCAAAGGCCAAACCCCGUGGAGGCGCAUGAAGCAGCUACCACUCUCAUGCGCGAAUCACUUCCAAGAAGGCUUGGGUGUGCACGGGAAAGCUGGGGACCCUACUUGGGACAUGAUGUUUGGUGCAGACGAAUACACUGAAUGUAUGGCGAAAUGCUGGAGGCGUUUUGGGAGUUUUGGGAAAAUCGUGGGGAGCUCAUGGAAGGGUUCUGACCACUGUCGGCUCCUUGUAUUGCAAUUGCAUGUUAAUAGACCUGUGCUGAUGUUUUGUUCAGACUUCUCUGAGUGUCAUAGGGCGUCAAUUUCGAUGUUGCGGUACCGCGUGCCUGACCUCAUCAGUUUCCCUCGUUCGCGUAUCCCCUUUGUCCCACUUUUGGGAUGUCGCUUGG